CGAAAUCAGAGUUACCUGCCUUUACAAGAUGGCGUCGCUGUCAAAGGUUUACAACUUGAAAUAGAUUGUUGACAGGUAUAACCUGUUUCAAUGGCAUCAGUAUUGUCAGCUGCAAUGACGGCUUCAGGGCAACAAACUCAAGGUACAGGCCUGGUAUUUGACGAGAGGUUAGCUCGCCAUUUCCAUGCUUGGAAUGAAGACUUUUCUGAGAAACCGGAGAGGAUCCUGGAACCGUUUGCCAGAUGCCAAGCUCUUGGACUUGUUGACAGGUGCUGCCGAAUACAGGCCCGUCCAGCGACCGAGAGUGAAAUACUUAGCCUCCACAGCAAAGAUCACAUCCGCUUGUUGAAGGAAACCAGCUCCAUGUCUGACGAACAACUCAAGAAUCUCUCACAGGUGUACGACUAUAUCUACUUCCAUAAUCAUAUUUACGAAAGUGCUCAACUUGCUUUGGGAGGUGCAAUAGACUUGGUGGACCACAUCGUCACUGGCAGGUUACGAAAUGGAAUGGCCAUCAUCAGACCCCCAGGCCACCAUGCCAUGAAGCAAGAGUUCAAUGGAUACUGCUACCUCAAUAAUGUUGCUGUAUCAGCUAAACUGGCCCUCGACAACCACAACCUCAAAAGAAUUCUCAUUGUAGACUGGGAUGUCCAUCACGGCCAGGGAAUUCAGUCCUUCUUCUAUGACGAUCCCAGAGUGAUCUAUUUUUCUAUCCAUCGUUACGAACAUGGCAGUGAGUGGCCUCACCUUCGAGAGUCGGACUACGAUUGUGUUGGGGAGGGAGCUGGGAGGGGCUACAACAUCAAUGUGCCACUUAAUCAGGUGGGUUGCGACAACUCCGAUUAUUUGUCCAUCUUCCAACAGAUUCUGCUGCCAAUUGCAUAUGAGUUUAGUCCCGAGCUGGUGAUCGUUGCAGCCGGCUAUGACUCAGCCAUCGGGUGCCCUGAGGGUGAGAUGAAAGUAACACCGGCCUGUUUCGCUCACUUUAUCAACUUGUUGUCGCCUGUCGCUGCCGGCAAGAUCUGCUUGAUACUGGAGGGUGGCUACUGCACCAAGUCCCUGUCUGAGGGCUUGGCGUUGUCACUGCGAGCCCUGCUGGGGGAUCCCUGUCCGAGCAUUGAGAAGACACACGAACCCUGCUUGAGUGUGAUGGAGACUAUACUCAAUGUCCUGAAGCUUCACAGACAGUACUGGCGGAGUCUCUGUUACCAAGGAGUUCUCUCCCUUGGGGAGAAGCCUGCAAUACCAUCUCUACUCCGACUACCUCCAAUUCCUGGGAUGACUUUACGCACAAUCGGCAAACCUUUAGGCAAGAUACCUCUGCUGCAGGAUUGUUACGAUGUCAUGCAACAUGACAUGGUGAAAGAAGCUCUCUUCCAGCAAAUAGAUGACCUCAUACGGAGCACAGAUCUGCAUGUACCUAAACACAAGGUGUGCCUUGUGUAUGAUGAGAAGAUGUUGCUGCAUAAUGAUACAACAAGUGGAGGUUUUGAAGAAAAUCCUCAUCGGGUGAUACAGAUCUGUCAGAAUCUCAAGGAUCAGAAUCUAUGGGAAAGGUGUUUUUAUGUACAGGGUCGACCAGCCACAGAGGAGGAGUUGAUGCUUGUGCACAGGGAGGACAUGGUGAAGAAGGUGAAGAAAUGUCAAAACAUGCAAGAAGACACGCUGGCCAAAUUCCAGACUCUCUUCAAAUCUAUAUAUCUCUCUCAGGGAACCUAUGAAGCUGCCAGCUACGCUGUAGGGAGUCUACUUAAUGUAGUCGACACAGUCGUCAACAGGAAGGCUGAAAGUGGUGUUGCUGUAAUAAGGCCACCAGGUCACCAUGCCGAGACUGACUCCAUGAUGGGAUUCUGUAUAUUCAACAACGUCGCCAUAGCAACCAAGUAUGCACAGAAACACUAUGGUGUUGGCAGAGUGCUGAUCGUCGACUGGGAUGUUCACCAUGGUAAUGGGACACAGUCCAUGUUCUACACAGAUCCUAGUGUCCUGUACAUAUCCCUGCAUCGGUUCGAGUCGGGCUGUUUCUACCCCUACAGCGGCUGUGGGGCCCUGAACAGAGUCGGGUAUGAGGAAGGGACCGGGUACAACGUGAACAUCCCAUGGAGCGGGGGGGUCAUGGGAGAUGGCGACUAUAUGGCAGCAUUUCAACAGAUCAUCCUGCCUAUAGCAUAUGAGUUUGACCCGGAACUUGUGAUGGUGUCAGCAGGAUUUGAUGCUGCUUGUGACGACCAUAUGGGAGGAUACAGAGUUAGUGCCCCUUGUUUUGGUCACAUGGCCAGUAUGCUGAAAGGCCUGGCAGGAGGAAAGGUUAUCCUAGCACUUGAGGGAGGUUACAACCUGGAAAGCACCUCAGAAGCAUUUGCUACAUGUGUAGCAGCUCUGCUUGGGGAUCCCUGUACUCAGUUACCUCCCCUUACACCAAGUUCAAGAGGUGCGGAGUGUAUAUGCAAGGUGCUCGAUGUCCACAAGCAAUACUGGAGGAGUCUACAGUGCAGGACGCCCCUCCCAUCAGUCAGCAUGCUGGUCCAGCCUGACGAAACCCCAGAGAAGGAACCCACGUAACCUGCAUGGGAGUCCUGGACUCUUGUACAUCAUCAUCUGCAUACUUGUACAGCCACAUAUGCUAGACAAAAGAAGUUAAGGACGGCCCAUUGCUUCCAUAUUAGUAUAGUUAAUCUGUACUGCCAUAAUUCUUCUUAUCACCCAUAUGGUGAAACAUAACCAGUGUCAGAUACGUGUGCACAUGUGCACAUAUCACUUUUGCUGAGCAG